AUGGAGUAUCUUCCUUCUGUACAAAUGCCCAAAUUCCCACGUGCAUGGUCGGUAAAUGUACACGACAGCGUUAUCGUCGAUGUGUCUCGCGAUUUAUUAGUGGCGGAGAGCGACCACAGAGAGCGCCACCUCGUGGGUGCUGGACACAGUGACUGCGCACGAAAGACGACCGAGAAUGAGCGGACAAGAUCUCUUAUGUUUACUCUGCAUGUACAGUAUACGAAACGUCGCGAGGAGCAGGAGCGGCGCGCGAGGCGAGGCGACACAGACCCCCGCUACGAGUACAUCUUCCAGGUGCUGGCGUCAUGCAUGGGUAUCGCCAGGCACCAGGUCAUGGACCAUGUGUUCGAGGAAAAUUUGCGUAUUCUCCAUCACCUCUCGUGCGCCGCCGCGGUGGCCGUCGGGUCGCGACGACAGCUGGAGGAGAUCACCAAGUUCCUGAGUCCGGGCGAAUACAACAACAUGGUGUGGUUCUACCAGGAGGGCGACGAGUACGAGGAGGAGAGCGAGGGGGAGGAGGUCCCUGUGCCGGAAGAGAAGAAGGAAGCGUUGAUCCUGGCGCCCCGAAGCUUGAACCCGGGACUGGCUGACCACACGAUCCCUGAAGGAGGAUUUAUAUUGUGGGACGUGGAUGCCUUCAUUUCCCGCAGCGGCGGCUCCCGUCCGCACCUGGAGCCUGGAGCCGGGCCCUCCCGCCGCACCUCCUCCAUGGCCAGCUCGGGGGACCACCAGGACUCCGGACGCAACUCCUCGGCCACGGAUCACACCGACGACGCAGAACAGGAAGCAGUACCGAGGGUGCGCAUGCGGCUGUUCGUGGGCAACCCUCGCGACACCGUCCUGACGGGCGUGUGCGUGUGCAUGACAAGGACAAACCCGCAGAGAUCAGUCACCGAGGAAAAUGUACACAGAGAGGUGAAUUUCAUGAUCGUGAAAGCCGGCCAGGACCCGGCAACACUCCUACGUUCGGUGCAGCGCCUCCUGAGCCGCAUCUUCGUGCCGGCGGUGCGAGUCAACCCGUCGGACCUGGACACCUCACCGGGCUCCGUCAGCGCCAGGGAUCACCUCCUGGCCGGCCUGCGCUCCUUCGCGUCAUGCCUGCAUGAAAGAUAUAAAGUUUAUCACAAGACAGUGCAGUUUGCCUGGUCUGGCAUGCGAUUGCUUUUAACAGUGGCGCAUGAGAAACUGUUGAAUUGUAUUUUUUACGUGUCCGAGUCAAUCAUGGAAGAGCGCGUGACCCUGGCGCCGGCGGAGGAGGGCGUGGGCGACGUGCACGGCCUGAUAGAAGCGCAGGCCGUGCUGGGGCAGCCCGACCAAGUACAGGCCAUGGAGCGAACUGUCGUCACCUGGCUCAAGCAAAUAGAGGCCGUGGUGACGGAGAUGGAGCAGCUGCGACAGGAGACGGACGACGCCGGGCCGCAGGAUGAGCUGGAGUACUGGAAGAGGCGGAUGGCCAAGUUCAAGUUCCUGUCCGAGCAGAUGGAAACAUCCAGAGUUCGCGGCGCAGUGCUGGUGCUGCAGCUGGCUAGAUCCAAGAUACUGAAGGCUUGGAAGGAGGCGGACGCUCGCGUGACCCAAAAUCUAACAGAGUCAAAAGACAAUGUGAAAUAUGUGUAUGCCAUCGAGGAAUACUGCCACCCGCUCUACCUUAACGACCCGCCGGGGAUGAUUCCGUACGUGAUGAUGCUGUUCAAUACGGUGCGGAUGAUCCACUCCAUCUCCAGGUAUUACAACACGUCGGAAAAGCUGUCGGCGCUUCUUAUCAAGAUCACAAACCAGAUGAUUCGAUCGUGUCAGGUUUACAUUUCCUGUCAAGGUCAGCUGUCCAUCUGGUCGCAGCCAAGGUCGGUCGUCAGGGAGAAGAUCCAGCAGUGCAUCAAGCUGAGCUCCACUUACAGAACGGCUUACCAGAAGACAAAGGAGAAGCUGGAGGCCAUGCCGGGUGAGCGCCCCUUCAGCUUCAGCGAGCAGUAUGUGUUCGGGAAGUUCGAGGCCUUCUGCUGCCGCCUCGCCAACAUCACGAGGCUGUUCGACGACAUGGACAAGUUCUCUGGGUUCUUUGAAGGACGAGCUGAGUCAGGAUAUCUGGACGUGCAGGUGAUGUUAAGUACAAGUAAAGAUAAAGUUUUCCGAGCUCGCUCCAUUGCCCAGAAACCCAUUCCUCCUCCACAAUCCCUGACAAUGCCCCACAGACACCUACCCAGCCGUUGUAGUUCUCCAGCCGCUCUUCACUUCACAUUCCGCCUCCCCGAUGAACUCCAAGGACAGGAUGUUACUUCCACCAUUUGUCACCAGUUGAUGCUAGUGUUUCCUUUGAGACCACGACUGCAACUAUACUGCAAUUUAAGAUCACAAGUUAGCUCCCUGUCGUGCUCUCUGAAUUCAUUCAUUGAAUAUAUCACUGGAAGUGUCACCAUGGCAAGCAAUGCCUUCGACGGAGUACUUACAUGUACUCUUCCCACACAGACUAUCAUCAGUGACGGUCAUACGGUGGUCACUUGUAAAAUGCAGGCAGCCCUUUCACGAGUCCUCAUCCCCAGGGACGUUUAUUUGCGAUACAGUUCAGCACGAGAAGGCCUGCGGGACAUCCUCAAGUCAUGGCAGGAGAUGUGCGCUGAAAUAUCCUGCAAGUCUUACGACUACCUGGACUACCGCGACCGCCACUUCGACGACGACCUGGAGGUGUUCGCGGCCAGCGUGCGGGAACUGCUGCGGCGCAUCCACAUGAUGGUCGAGAAGGAGCACGAGGAGAUCUGGGAGACGCCCAUGGCCAACAAGAUGCUGGCCAGGAUCCAGGACUGUCGUUCAAGGUUCGAGCGGAUCGGCGAAGUGGUCCCGCAGCUGGACGUGACGGGGAAGUACAAGAGGAUUCUCACCCGCUUCCAUCAGGAGCUCGAGAAGGUCACCAAGAUCUACAAUCGCCAGUGCGAGAAUCCUCCGCAGUUGCGUGGCUUGCCCCCUGUUGCAGGGAUCAUGCUGGGUGAAGAUGAAUAUGUUGACAAGAACUUAAAGGCCUCAGUUGCUCAGUCUCUACAAAGCAAAAUCCAGUGGGCUCGAAGCCUAUUUCUUCACCUAGAGGAGCCAAUGAUGUUCUUCAAGGAUCACGCAGUGCUCCUUAAAAUGCCAGAGGGCAAAGAAGCUGUUCGAAAAUACAAUCGAAUAGGGAAGACCUUGGUACAGUAUGAACUUGCCUACUACGACGCCUGGAGAAAGCAGAGUAUCAGCGACAUUCAGAAGUCCCUGCGGUGUACGCUGGUGGUGCGACGGCCGGAGAGCGAGGAGCUGUACGUGAACUGGGACCCGCGCAUCUCCACGCUCCUGCACGAGGCCACGAAAAUCCAGCAGCUCGGCUUCGAAGUGCCGUACAUGACGCAGCUGCUUCUCAACCGAGCGCCGUUGCUCCUCAAGAAACGGGACAUGGUUAAGCACCUGCUGAACGAGCAUGAGCGAGUGCUGUCCAAAGUCAGCAAGAACCUGGUCAACCUGCUGGUGCCGCACGUGACCACGCUGAAGGAGGCGCUGGACCCUCUCCUGACGACGCUCACCUGGUCGUCCAUCCAGGCGCACAGCUACUUCGAGCAGGGCUUCGCCGCCAUUCGCACCUUCGAGACUCUCAUCGACAGAGUGAACGAUAUCUUCCAACACCGAAUGGAGGGCGUACUCGGGGCCAUGACGGGGGUGCGCCUGUACGCGCUGCCCGACGUGAACCCUUGGACCCUCGAUACCUUUGUGCAUAACAACUGGCUGACCUGUUGCCAAGCCUCUCAGGAGCUUAACAGCAGGAGCCGCGUGGUGGAGGACGCUGUCCUCGAGUUGAUAGAACUCGUACUAGUGGGUGUGGAUGGCGGGGCGCCGGUCGAGCCGGGCCAGUGCCAGACGAGUUUCCUUACAGUGGACGACCUCGAUGACGGUGGAGACUUCGACGACGGGAGAUCAGUGUCAUCAGGUGGAGGGUCGUCACGACGCAGUCCGGUGCCAGUUGCUGAGGGGCACUUCGCGGCCACACUCGAACUUCCGGCAAAACCACUCACGUCUCAGGAAAAAGCAGUCCGCAAGAAAAAAGAAAUGAGGGAAAAGGUGGAGUCGGCAGCGCGAGACCUUCGGCGCAACUACCACCGCCGGGUCCUGGACGUCCUCAUCAAGUCCGUGCGCGGCGCCCUUGAGUCCAUCCGCAAGCACACCUCUGUCGUCCCUCCACUCUCCAAGCUGAAUGAAGCUAGUCACAGAAGGUCCAAUGACAGACCGGAGGACCUGGGCAUUGCGUUGGUGGAGCUCAGCGUGUCCUUGGUUUCCCCCGGCGUGCAAGUGAGUCCCAGCCUUGACCAAGUGCAGGAGGCUAUCAACAAGGUGGCUAAAAUCAUACUCUCCACUGCCAAGGGCGUUUCGCAGUGGAUUCGCUGCCGUAAGGAAGACGCUGCUCAGCCCAGGUUGGAAACAGAAGACUCUAUUGGUGGUCGAAAGUCACGUAAGAAAAUCAUUGUGUACGAGGUGCCAGCUAUGCCCAAAAACUAUUACACACAUGUCCUGGAAAGUAAAGACGUGUCGAAAGUCAUGAGUCACAUGUCCAACUCUUUCCAGUCUACUAGAAAUGAGGUUUACAACACAUUCAAUAUUUGGGAACAAUACCAUCAUCUCUGGAGGGUCGACAAAGACGCUGCAAUUAAAGAGUUUAUUUCACUCGCACCAUCUGUCCAAGACUACGACAAGACAAUGAAGAGUUACAUUGUAUUAGAAAAACAGAUUAAAGCAGAGGAAUGCCAUUAUCGGGUUGGGCCUCUUGCCCUCAACACAGAGAACCUGAAGAAGGCUCUAGCAGAGGAAGCGUCCCUCUGGGUGGAUAAGUUCGGUGAGGCGCUGAAGGUCAAUUACAUGAAGGAAAUGGAAAGACUCUUCGCUCAGCUGAACGAACUUUCCCGGCGACUGGAGCGACCGCUCAAAGACCUGGACGACAUCAAGGGUGCAAUUGACAUCCUGCGCAAGACACGCGACCUCGAACUUGACAUGGACGAUGCUAUAGAACCUAUAGAGGAAUCCUUUGGGUUACUUGUGAAAUACGAACUUGGACUGUCUCAAGAAGAGGCUGAGAAAGUGGACAACCUGCGUUUCACUUGGCAGAAGGUCCUUGCUCAAGCUGUGGAGGUGCAGAACCUGCUUUCUCGCGUACAGCCAUACUUCAGAAAUGAGCUCAUCCAUAACGUGGCGCAGUUCAAGAAGGACUGCAACAAGUUCGUGCAUGACUAUCGGACGCAGGGUCCCAUGGUGCCUGGCCUGGCGCCAGAGGACGCGUCAGAUAGGCUCAUUGUAGCACAGAAUCGCUUCGAUACUCUGUGGCGAAAGCACUCGAGCUACUCGGUGGGCGAGGAGCUCUUUCGCCUCCCGCGAUCGGAGUUCCCCGAGCUGGGGCAGAUUCGCAAGGAGCUCAACCUGCUUCAAAAGCUAUACAAAUUGUACAAUGAUGUUAUAGAUCGUGUCUCAUCUUACUAUGAAAUUCCGUGGAGUGAAGUCAACAUCGAGGAAAUUAACAACGAGCUGAUGGAAUUCCAAAACAGAUGUCGCAAACUACCUAAAGGCCUAAAGGAAUGGCCGGCCUUCAACGCCCUCAAGAAGACGAUCGACGACUUCAACGACAUGUGUCCGCUCCUAGAACUCAUGUCCAACAAGGCCAUGAAGCCCCGCCACUGGCAGCGCAUAGCGGAGGUCAUCAACAAGCCCCUCGACGUGGACAGCGAAAACUUUUGCCUCAGGAAUAUCAUGGACUCGCCUCUGCUACAGUUCAAGGAAGAUAUAGAGGACAUCUGCAUCUCGGCCGUGAAGGAGAAGGACAUUGAGGCUAAGCUGAGGAUUGUGACGAACGAGUGGGCAAGCCACGACCUGACCUUCUCCACCUUCAAGAACCGCGGCGAACUGCUGCUGCGAGGCGACACGACGGCUGAGGUCAUAACGCAGCUCGAGGACUCGCUCAUGGUGUUGGGGUCCCUCUUGUCCAACAGGUACAACGCUCCGUUCCGGAAGCAGAUCCAGAAGUGGGUGAGCGAUCUGUCUAACACCAAUGAAAUUCUGGAACGGUGGUUGUUUGUUCAGAAUCUCUGGGUUUAUCUCGAAGCUGUGUUCGUCGGCGGAGACAUCGCGAAGCAGCUUCCUAAGGAAGCCAAAAGAUUCUAUGUCAUUGACAAGAGCUGGCAAAAGAUCAUGGUUCGCGCCCACGACAACCCCAACGUGGUGGCCUGCUGCGUCGGGGAUGACAUGCUGAAGCAGCUACUGCCGUACCUGCAGGACCAGCUAGAGCUCUGUCAGAAGAGCCUGUCAGGGUACCUGGAGAAGAAGCGCCUCAUGUUCCCCCGCUUCUUCUUCGUGUCUGACCCAGCCUUGCUCGAAAUUCUGGGUCAGGCCUCAGACUCGCACACCAUCCAGGCUCACCUCAUGUCAAUCUUCGACAACACCAAGACCGUCCGCUUUCAUGAGCAGGACUACGACCGGAUCACCGCCAUCUCUUCGUGUGAAGGGGAGAUGGUUCAGCUUGAGAAGCCGGUGCGGGCAGAGGGCAGUGUUGAGGUGUGGCUCAUGAAGCUACUGGUCAUGUGUCAGCAGUCUGUCCACGGCAUCAUCCGCCAGGCGCACCACGUCAUCCAGGACCCUGACCUGAACGUCCUGCGCUUCUUGGAACAGUUCCCAGCACAGGUGGGCAUCCUGGGGCUGCAGAUGAUCUGGACGAGAGACUCGGAGGCCGCGCUGACGCAGUCUCGCGCUGACCGCCGGGUCAUGGCCGAGAUGAAUAAUCGUUUCCUGGAUCUUCUCAAUCUUCUUAUUAAUCAAACGACGCGUGACUUGGAACCUGUACAGAGGACCAAAUACGAAACGCUGAUCACUAUCCAUAUCCAUCAGAGGGACAUUUUUGACAGUCUGUGUCGAAGGAAUGUGCGGUCGGUGUCGGACUUCGAUUGGCUGCGUCAGUGCCGAAUCUACUUCCGCGAGGACAUGGACAAGACCAACAUCGUCCUCACCGACGUCACCUUCCACUACCAGAACGAGUUCGUGGGCUGCACCGAGCGCCUCGUCAUCACGCCCCUCACGGAUAGGUGUUACAUAACGCUGGCGCAGGCGCUGAGCAUGAGCAUGGGAGCGUGCCCCACCGGGCCAGCGGGCACUGGCAAAACUGAGACUACGAAGGACAUGGGCAAGACGCUUGGCAAGUAUGUCGUCGUCUUCAACUGCUCAGACCAGAUGGACUAUCGCGGUUUAGGCAGAAUCUAUAAAGGGCUUGCCCAGUCUGGGUCGUGGGGCUGCUUCGACGAGUUCAACCGCAUCGAGCUCCCGGUGCUGUCGGUGGCGGCGCAGCAGAUCGCGGUGGUCCACACGUGCAAGAAGGAGCGCCGCAAGACCUUCACCUUCACGGACGGUGACCUCAUUACCAUGAAUCCCGAGUUCGGAAUCUUCCUGACCAUGAAUCUGGGGUACCACGGCCGCCAAGAACUGCCAGAGAAUCUGAAGAUCCAGUUCCGAAACGUGGCGAUGAUGGUGCCAGAUCGUCAAAUUAUCAUAAGGGUCAAGUUGGCGUCUUGUGGUUUCCUGGAGAACAUCACUCUGGCCCGCAAGUUCUUCACGCUCUACAAGCUCUGCGAGGAGCAGCUUACUAAACAGGUCCACUACGACUUCGGGCUCCGCAACAUUCUGUCCGUCCUGCGAACCCUGGGCGCCGCGAAGAGGGCCAACGCCAAGGACUCGGAGUCAACCAUCGUCAUGCGGGUUCUCAGGGACAUGAAUCUCUCGAAGCUAGUCGACGAGGACGAGCCGCUCUUCAUGUCCCUCAUCGAUGACCUGUUCCCCAACAUGGCCCAAGAAAAAGGAUACAACAACCACCUCACCAGUAACAUCGCUGAGAUCGUGGUCGAACUCGGCCUUAUCCAACAUGCGCCCUGGCAACUGAAGCUCAUUCAGCUGUUCGAGACCCAGCGUGUCAGACACGGCAUGAUGACGCUCGGGCCCAGCGGAGCCGGGAAGACAACGUGCAUCCAGGUCCUCAUGAAGGCCCUCACAAAGAUGGGGCAGCCCCACAGGGAGAUGCGCAUGAACCCGAAGGCCAUCACGUCCGCGCAGAUGUUCGGGCGGUUGGACGUGGCCACCAACGACUGGACGGACGGCAUCUUCUCCACGCUCUGGAGGAAGACGCUUAAAGCGAAGAAAGGCGAGCAUAUCUGGCUAGUACUGGAUGGCCCCGUCGACGCCAUCUGGAUUGAGAAUCUCAACUCUGUGCUGGACGACAACAGGACGCUGACGCUGGCCAACGGAGACCGAAUCCCGAUGUCGCCCUGCUGCAAGGUCAUCUUUGAGCCGGCCAACAUUGACAACGCUUCUCCCGCGACGGUGUCCAGGAACGGGAUGGUGUACAUGAGUUCGUCUGGACUGGACUGGCAGCCCCUCCUGCAGGCGUGGUUAAGGACGCGUCCCCACUAUGAGCAACCAAUAAUCAGUGACCUCUUCGCAAAGAACUUUUUGUCGCUGUUCACGUGGUGCAAGCAAAACCUGCGGCUUUGCAUUCCCAUCCUGCAGGUUAAUGUUAUCACACAGCAGGCUGCAUGCUGUUACUUCCGCCUUCUGCAAUUGUCAGGAUACCUGCACUUUGUGCCUUUGGAUGCAAUGCACUUUGCUUUAGAGAUUGUUACUCACUGCACUCCCUGCGUAAUAACAUUGACAGAUAUAAACUUAGGUGAAAACAUACUGGUGUUGCACAUUCUGCACAGUAGAAAGCUGCACAUUGUUCACUGCCUCUCAGCUCCUGUGUCUAGCAAGGCAAGCAAACAAAUUAGAAUUGAUUUGUUGUACAUCCAUUCUCGAAGCAGUGUGUCGAAAACUGGCAAAUCAUACACCACGGCUCCAGCUCAGUGGUGUAAAAAGAUCUCGUGUGCAAUCUACAGCUGUGAUAUGAAAUAUCUCUGCUGCUGCCGGCCCUUCUUACAUCUGUAUCACAAGACUAAUAGGCGGAAGGACUGUGUGGGCGAGAGGACAUCCACACCCUCAUUCGUCCCGCAGCGUUUGCCUGCUGCCAUAACUCUCCUGGAGGGCCAGCUGCCAGAAGGAGAAGACGCAACUGACGACUGUCUCCCCCGUCGACGUGGUCGUUCUAGCGCAUGGGGAGGCGGCGCCCACGGAGGCCAUACCCCCGACGAGUCCUCCCACACGCAGACGCCCGUGGAAACGCCCAGAUCCUUGCCAGAGGAUGAGGCUCUUCCGGUGCUGCCCCUGCCUGAUGUCGCCAUGUUCUCACUUUCUCUCGCAGCACAACACUCCCACGCCAUCGGCGUGAGCGCUACGCGCGUCAUGGAAGGCCUGCUGCCGGAGGAGCAGCAGCAGCAGCAGAACAAGCGCCGAGAGCCCGACCCAGAUACGGAAGAGGUCCAGCCCACGCAUCAGGCCACGGUCCAGGAGCACAUUCAGCGCCUCUAUGUGUUUACAAUGAUGUGGAGCCUGGGCUGCUUCAUGGAGCUGGCUGACCGAGCCAAGAUGGAGCAUUACAUACGUGCUAAUUGCCAAGACCUUGACCUUCCACCCGAUGGGGGAGCAGAUGACUCCAUGUUCGACUACCGCGUGGACGAGAAUGGUUGGUGGCAACACUGGGGAACGCGGGUGUCAGAGUAUGUAUACCCAGACACUGGCACUCCGGAUUACAACUCCAUUCUUGUGCCAAAUGUGGACAAUGUACGAAUGGACUUCCUCAUCCACACGGUGGCGCAGCAAGGGAAGGGUGUACUGCUGAUAGGCGAGCCGGGGUCUGCCAAGACGGUCACCAUUAAUGCCUUUAUGAAAAAGUAUAACCCUGAGGAUCAUCUUUAUCGUAACUUCAACUUCUCGUCAGCCUCCACGCCUCUUUACUUCCAGCGCACUAUCGAGAGUUACAUCGACAAAAGGAUGGGCAGCACGUUCGGCCCUCCUGCCGGGAAGACCAUGACCGUGUUCAUCGAUGACCUCAACAUGCCGCACAUCAACGACUGGGGAGAUCAGCCAACAAAUGAAAUCGUGCGUCAGACUAUGGAAAUGGGGGGAUUCUACAGCCUUGAGAAACCUGGGGACUUUAUUCAUGUAGUUGACAUCCAGUUCCUGGCAGCUAUGGGUCAUCCGGGUGGCGGUCGCAACGACAUACCGGGGCGCCUGAAGCGCCACUUUUGCAUCUUUAACUCCACCAUCCCUUCGGAGAAUUCCAUUGAUAAGAUCUUCGGAGUUAUUGCCCGGGGCCACUUCAGCAGCAAGAGAGGCUUCAACCAGGAAGUCAGGGACAUGCUGGAGAGACUCAUCCCACUCACAAGGAAGCUGUGGGCGCACACUAAGUGUAAAUUGCUUCCGACGCCCGCAAAAUUCCACUACGUGUUCAACCUUCGAGAUCUAUCGCGCAUCUGGGAGGGAAUGCUGGGCGCAGCGCCCAAUGUGAUCACGUCUGGUGACGCCCUUUUGGCACUGUGGCGCCACGAAUGCUGCAGGGUAAUUUCUGACAGGUUCACCACGCCAAAGGACGUGACCUGGUUCGAGGAUGCGCUGGUGACUGUGGCAAAGGAGGAGUUGGGCCACCGCGCGACGGACGCCAUAACUCGCUCCGAAAACUUUGUGGACUUCCUCAGAGAUGCUCCCGAGCCAACAGGAGACGAAGGCGAAGACCUGGACAUGGAGAUGCCGAAGGUGUACGAGCCCAUCCCGUCCUUCACCGCCCUGGAGGAGCGCCUUCAGAUGUUCCUGGCUCAGUACAACGAGAUGGUUCGGGGCACCGGCAUGGACCUCGUGUUCUUUAAAGAUGCAAUGAUCCAUCUCACAAGGAUCUCCCGGAUCAUCCGAAAUCCGGGCGGCAACGCUCUCCUUGUGGGCGUGGGCGGGUCUGGCAAGCAGUCCCUCACCAAACUGGCCUCCUUUAUCGCCGGAUACAAGACCUUCCAGAUCACGCUCACCAGGUCAUAUAACACGGCUAACCUAUUGGAAGAUCUGAAAGUGUUGUACCGAACAUGUGGAAUUCAGGGGAAAGGUACGACCUUCAUCUUCACAGACCAGGAGGUGAAGGAGGAGGCUUUUCUGGAAUACCUAAACAACGUCUUGUCAUCAGGUAUGGUGAGCAACCUGUUCAACCGCGACGAGCAGGGCGAGAUCGUAAGCGAGCUGAUCCCCGUGAUGAAGCGCGAGCACCCGCGGCGGCCGCCCACGCCCGAGAACGUCAUGGACUACUUCCUCACCCGCACGCGCCACAACCUGCACGUCGUUCUCUGCUUCUCGCCGGUCGGUGAGAAGUUCAGGAACCGCGCCAUGAAGUUCCCGGGCCUGAUCAGUGGCUGCACCAUCGACUGGUUCCAGCCGUGGCCGAAGGAGGCGCUGGUGGCGGUGGCGUCGCACUUCCUCAAGGCCUAUGAGAUCAUUAGCACCAAAGAGGUCAAGACGAGCUUGGUCAAGGGCAUGGGAACCAUUCACGACAACGUGUCUCAGCUGUGCACCGAGUACUUCCAAAGGUACCGUCGAGCGGCGCAUGUGACGCCUAAGUCGUUCCUGUCGUUCAUUAGCAUCUACAAGAAGAUCUACAACUCGAAGCGCGAGGAGAUCGGCGAGUCUGCCAACAGGAUGACUUCCGGCCUCGACAAACUGCAGGAGGCUUCGGUGGCCGUCAAGAGACUUCGGGAGGAGCUGUGCGUCAUGGAGGACGAGCUGGCCGUCGCCUCGAAGAAAGCUGAGAAGAUCCUGGUGGAGGUGACCAAGCGAGCGGAGGAGGCGGAGGGCAUCAAGGAAGAGGUGGAGAAGGUUCGCGACAAGGCCCAGGCGCUCGUCGACGACAUCGCCACAGACAAGUCGCUCGCGGAGGAGAAGCUGGAGGCGGCGAGGCCGGCCCUGGAGGAGGCCGAGGCGGCGCUCAACACCAUCAAGCCAGCGCAUAUUGCGACGAUCCGGAAGCUGGGUCGGCCUCCGCACCUCAUCAUGCGCAUCAUGGACUGCGUCCUGCUGCUGUUCCAGCGUCACGUGCAGCCCGUCAAGCCGGACUCCGUGGCACCGUGCCCGAAGCCCUCUUGGCCCGACAGCCUGAAGAUGAUGGCCAGCACAACAUUCCUGCUGUCCCUCCAGAACUUCCCGAAGGACACCAUCAACGAUGAGGUGGUGGAACUCCUGGAGCCAUACUUCAAUAUGGAGGAUUACGACAUGGACACCGCUAACCGCGUGUGCGGCGACGUGGCCGGCCUGCUGUCUUGGACCCGAGCUAUGGCCGUCUUCUUCGGAGUCAACAAGGAAGUCCUGCCCCUGAAGGCGAACCUGGCGCUGCAGGAGGCGCGGCUGCGCGUCGCCAUGGGGGACCUGGAGCGGGCGCAGGCCGAGCUGGAUGACAAGCAGCGAGAGUUGGAUAUGGUGCGCGGGCAGUACCAGUGUGCUCUGGCGGAGAAGCAGAAGCUAAUCGACGCUGCAAAUGUGUGCCGCAGGAAGAUGCAGGCGGCGGCAACGCUGAUCAACGGCCUGGCCGGAGAGAAGGUGCGCUGGACGCAGCAGAGCAAAGCCCUGCGGCAGCAGCUGGGCCGGCUGGCAGGCGACGUCCUGGUGACCACCGCCUUCCUCUCGUAUGCGGGCCCCUUUAACCAGGAGUACCGCACGAAGAUGAUGAUCACGUGGUACAAGAUGAUGGACACCCGAAAGGUUCCCUAUACACAGGAACUCGACGUCACUACAUGGCUCGUAGAUAAUGCAACUGUUUCGGAGUGGAACCUCCAGGGACUUCCUAACGAUGAACUCAGCAUCCAGAACGGCUUGAUUGUGACCAAAGCAUCUUGUUAUCCAUUACUGAUUGACCCGCAAGGCCAGGGCAAGAUCUGGAUUAAGAACAGGGAAGCUAUGAACGAGCUGCAAAUCACAUCCCUCAACCACAAGUACUUCCGCACCCAUCUAGAGGACUCGCUCUCGCUCGGUCGCCCUUUGCUGAUCGAGGACGUGGAGGAAGAAUUAGAUCCUGUCCUGGACAAUCUCUUGGAAAGGAAUUUCAUCAAAUCAGGAUCCAUACUAAAGGUUGUAGUCGGGGAUAAAGAGUGCGACGUCAUGCCGGGAUUCAUGCUAUACAUGACCACAAAACUCUCCAACCCGGCCUACACGCCCGAGGUGUCGGCCAAGACCUCCAUUAUUGACUUCACCGUCACAGUGCAUGGCCUCGAGGACCAGCUUCUAGGUAGAGUCAUCAGGACCGAGAAGAGGGAGUUGGAAAACGAACGCGUUGCACUUAUCGAGGAGGUGAUGGAAAACAAACGUAAAAUAAAGGAACUCGAAGAUAACCUUCUGUACCGUCUCACUUCAGUCCAGGGCUCAUUGGUGGACGACGAGGACCUGAUCGUCGUGCUGCAGGAGACCAAGGCGACCGCCCAGGACGUGAGCACGAAGCUGCACAUCGCCUCGGAGACCGAACGUAAGAUCAACGGCGCUCGCGAGGAGUACCGUCCCGUGGCCACUCGCGGCUCCAUUCUGUACUUCCUCAUCACCGACAUGGCUGCCGUGUCGUGCAUGUAUCAGACCUCCCUCAGGCAGUUCCUCGUCCUCUUUGACAUGUCGAUGACAAGAUCAGAGAAGAGCAACAAUCCCAAGAACAGAAUCAUCAACAUCAUCAAAUUCCUGACUGCUCAGGUCUGGAGGAAUGCCUGCCGGGGAUUUUAUGAACGUCAUAAGCUGCUGUUCACUCUGCUGUUGGCCAUGAAGAUAGAUUUGCAGUCUGGCCAUAUCUCUCACGAUGAGUUCAUGAAGUUUAUCAAAGGAGGCGCGUCCCUCGACCUGAAAGCCGUCCAGCCAAAGCCAUUCCGCUGGAUCCUCGACAUCACGUGGCUCAACUUGGUCGAGCUCAGCAAGCUGGGUCAGUUCGCCAACAUCCUCGACCAGAUCGUCGAAAACGAGAAGGACUGGAAGGUUUGGUUUGAGAAGGAGAAACCGGAAGAGGAGGAACUGCCUUGCGGAUACUCUCGCAACCUCGACAUGUUCCGGCAGCUCCUUCUGAUCCGCUCGUGGUGUCCUGACCGCACCCUCUCGCAAGCACGGAGGUACAUUCGAAAUAAAUUAUCAGAUACAGCAUCUGACCUACUGGCUCAAGAAACGGUCGGAGGUUUGCAUCCCGCCCAGGCGCGUGAAGUUGCAAUUGUUGCUUUGAGGUUACCGCUGUGGCUGGGCACCACGAUGAUGUCACAUACGGAGCAUGGCUUGGUUACGCGGAAAUCAAUUUCCCAACCGCACCUAUACCCUAAGCGGAGCCUGUGGAAGAUGGCAGCAGCGUUCCUGGAGAGAGUGGUGUCUACAUCAGCUGAGUCUUUACCAGAGAUGUUUACUUGGCUAGAAACCCACAGUAAGGACCUUCUGGACUACUCCAACGUCCCUCAGUGGCCGCGGCUGCUGUACUCGACAGCCUUCCUGCACACGGUGGUGCUGGAGCGGAGGAAGUACGGGGCACUCGGCUGGAACAUUCCCUACGAGUUCAACCAAGCGGACUUUCAGGCUUCGGUGCAGUUUAUCCAGAACCAUCUGGAUGACAUGGAUCCUAAAAAGGGCGUAUCGUGGGUAACAGUGUGCUACAUGUUAGGAGAGAUACAGUAUGGAGGUCGAGUCACCGAGGAUUUCGACAAGAGGCUCCUACUCACGUUCCUGCACGUCUGGUUCAACGAGAGGCUUCUUGCUUCAGAUUUCAGAUUCUACCAGGGUUAUAACCUACCAAUGUGUAAGACGCAAGCAGAGUACCUGGAAUUCAUCAGCAUGUUGCCCGCCACCGACUCCCCGGAGGUAUUCGGCCUGCACCCCAACGCUGACAUCACGUACCAGAUCAACACUGCAAAGAGUAUCCUAGACACCAUCCUCAGCAUGCAGCCCAAAGAGGGAGGGCAGCGAGGCGGCGAGACGCGCGAGGUUGUGGUUUCUCAGCUUGCACACGAUAUGAUCAUGAAGCUGCCUGUUGACUACAUUCAGCAUGAGAUCAAGGAGGCUCUGCAAAGGAUGGGUGCCAUACUGCCCAUGAACAUCUUCCUUAGGCAGGAACUCGACCGCAUGCAGAAGGUUCUGAAGGUAGUAAGGCAAACUUUACACGACCUUCACCUUGCCAUCGAAGGCACCAUCAUCAUGAGUCCGUCUCUCAAGGAUAUGCUGGACGCCAUGUACGACGCGCGGGUGCCGGAAAGGUGGCGAAAGGUGUCGUGGGAGUCGAGCACCCUCGGCUUCUGGUUCACGGAGCUGAUCGAGCGCGACUGUCAGUUCCGCCGCUGGUAUUCGUACGGCCGUCCCAAGUCCUUCUGGAUCACAGGCUUCUUCAACCCGCAAGGAUUUCUGACUGCAAUGCGACAGGAAGUGACACGACAGCAUCGUGGUUGGUCCUUGGAUUGUGUCAUCCUACAGAACUUGGUGACACGUUUCAACCGCGAGGACAUCCACGACCCACCGCCUGAGGGCGUGUAUGUGUACGGACUUUUCCUAGAGGGCGCCUCAUGGGACCGCAAGCAGGGCAAACUAGCAGAAUCACGAGCAAAAGUACUGUACGAGCCCAUGCCAGUUGUUUACUUGUACGCUGUCAAUACUACCAGUGGUAAAGAUCCUACGCUGUACGAGUGCCCUAUCUACCGAAAACCUCUGCGCACAGAUUCCACCUACAUUGGUUCCAUUGACUUGGAAACCAUUGACUACCUGCCUUCCCACUGGACACUUCGCGGAGUCGCUCUUCUGUGUGACAUUAAGUAGAGUGUUUGCAGCACAACAGACCUGUGUCUUCCUAAAACCUCAGCCCCGAUUCAGGCCCCACCCUGCGUCUGCUCAUCUCUGUAUUGGCUGUUACGCAAAAACUGUACCUCUGUGUUUGCUCAUCAGAUUAUCUUAUCGAAACUCUACUUCG